AUGUAUGGUAUGUCACAGGCUCAACCUCUUCGGCAGUCCGGAACGAAACGACCAACCCCGACUCAACUGCGUCAGUAAUUUCGUUCUCUCACUGUGAGAAUCUCAAAUGCUCCUCCUCGCGUCUGUUCUCCUCAAAAUUAAUUGGAGGAUAAGGUCAGAAUGGCGGGACCUCUGGCUUCUUCUUCUGUUGGUUUUAUGACGGACUACAACACAAAAAGGUGUAUUGCUGCCACCAACUGGACAGGUUGAAACCAAAACAAGGUAAAAAAUAAAAUACAUACGUGAUAGGGAAACUAACUUAAUCCACCCAAAUAAAAUAGGGCCUGAGAGGGUGGUACUGCUUGUGACAAUAUUCCAUGUAACUCCUUUGCUGAGAAAUAUUUCAGCCCCAGGAACCGCUCCGACGCUUCCACAAUGAUUUCUAUCUUCCUGGACCUUCUCUCCACCUUGGCAGUGCCAUUUAUCACCAUAGCAAUAAAGGCCACAAAGUCCACCCACUUAACCUUUAAAAUGUCAGGAUCCUGCUGGUGAAAGGCAACACCUGCAGCCUGCAGUGAAGGCCUAUCCUCCACUAUGGACUCUUCAAGUGCACCAUUCAAACCCUCAACCUUUUUAACAGCUGCUGCAUAUGAUAUGCUCUGGAUAGCCCUGACUUUGGCCACCUCAUUCUCUUUCACCCUUGUGGGGCAUUCGAAAGACGUGGCUUCAUGGUUCCCACCACAAUUGCAACAUGUCACAUUUUCAUCACUUUUAUAACACAUAAUAUGAUAUUUUCCUCAACUUGGACAUCUCUGCUUCUCCCUUCUGCAAACACUUGAAACAUGACCAAAAGCUGUACAAUGAUCACACUGCAUUGGUCUUGGGAUAAAUGCUCUGACUGUAGUUAAGAUACCCUAACUGCACUUAAGUAGGGAGAGACUCCAUAUCAAAAUAACAGAUAGAAUCUUCACUUUUUCUUCAUUCACCACACAAUUCAUCUGACGUGCAUCAAUCACUCCAGGAAUAUUUUUCAUCUCUUCAACAUCUACUUCCCACGAGACUCCAUAUAUAACCCCUUUGAGGGGUGCCCUGUUCCUACGAGACACGACACGUCAAACUUAUCAAAUUGGUUGAGACUCAACACACGUUUAUUCUGAUCCUCAGAAGCACAAAAAAUCAAAACCAGCACGCCUCUCAUGAUCCUCACAGCCUUCACUCUACCCAGCACUCUCUCCACCUGUUUUUUUUUUUUUUUUUUACCUUGUUUUGGUUUCAACCCGUCCAGUUUGUGGCGGCAAUACACCUUUUUGGGUUGUAGUUCGCCAUAAACCCACAGAAGAAGGGAGGCAGGAUCAGUGGAGUAGAAUAGAUCCCUUGCACACGACACCUAAAUGAAUUGGGUCGAUAAAUCAGUAUUUACGGUAGACUACCGUCAUAACCUCUGCCACCCGGAAGUAAACAAUGAAACGCUAACGGCUAGCGAGCUGCACACAUAAGAUAAACAAUAUCGCCGAAGAUUUACACAGAAAUAUAGCUACUGCUUUUCGAUGACAUGACAAUUUUACUCUACAAACCACUCAUCCAAUACAUUUAAUGUGUAAUCUUUGAGUGAAGUAACGUUAAGAGAUAAUGUCGAAUUCUGUACAUUUUCACUCUCAGCUCGCCUCCAUCAUGGAGGUAUUGGCUAACGCGGCAGUGGCAGAAAUCUGCCAGCUUGUAGACGAUGGCUAUUCCGUGUUGCGCCUUGAAAUAUCGAGAACUCAGAGCGAAAACCAGGCUUUGAAGAGCAAACUACGCCUGGUUGAGGUUCGUUCUAGAGAACGGUCUGUCAAAAGAAGCCUCGUGCCCCCUUUGACGAGCUGUUCUGGUGCGAAAGGAACAGGUGAGUUUAUUUUGUUUCCCAAUGCAAUGAUAAACAAUGCUGUCUGAGUUUUGGUGCAGGAAAUACUAUUUGUGCACUGCAGGUUCUCAGUGCCGUGCAUCUCGUGAAUGUAUUGUUUUUCCACUCCGAUAUAGAUCAUGUUGGAGAGAAGCAGUCCACCAGUGGAAGGAGAAAUGGAGGAUCCGUGGUGUUUGGGGACAGGAGUAUUAGGACUGUCAGUGAGGAGGUUAGUAGAUUCUAAGCUACAUAUCUGAUAUAGUUGCAGCUAAAUACACUGCUCAAAAAAAUAAAGGGAACACUUAAACAACACAUCCUACAUCUGAAUGAAAGAAAUUAUCUUAUUAAAUACUUUUUUCUUUACAUAGUUGAAUGUGCUGACAACAAAAUCACACAAAAAUUAUCAAUGGAAAUCAAAUUGAUCAACCCCAUGGAGGUCUGGAUUUGGAGUCACCCUCAAAAUUAAAGUGGAAAACCACACUACAGGCUGAUCCAACUUUGAUGUAAUGUCCUUAAAACAAGUCAAAAUGAGGCACAGUAGUGUGUGUGGCCUCCACUACAACGCCUGGGCAUGCUCCUGAUGAGGUGGCGGAUGGUCUCCUGAGGGAUCUCCUCCCAGACCUGGACUAAAGCAUCCGCCAACUCCUGGACAGUCUGUGGUGCAACGUGGCGUUGGUGGAUGGAGCAAGACAUGAUAUCCCAGAUGUGCUCAAUUGGAUUCAGGUCUGGGGAACAGGCGGGCCAGUCCAUAGCAUCAAUGCCUUCCUCUUGCAGGAACUGCUGACACAGUCCAGCCACAUGAGGUCUAGCAUUGUCUUGCAUUAGGAGGAACCCAGGGCCAACCGCACCAGCAUAUGGUCUCACAAGGGGUCUGAGGAUCUCAUCUCGGUACCUAAUGGCAGUCAGGCUACCUCUGGCGAGCACAUGGAGGGCUGUGCGGCCCCUCCAAAGAAAUGCCACCCCACACCAUGACUGACCCACCACCAAACCGGUCAUGCUGGAGGAUGUUGCAGGCAGCAGAACGUUCUCCACAGCGUCUCCAGACUCUGUCACGUCUGUCACAUGUGCUCAGUGUGAACCUGCUUUCAUCUGUGAAGAGCACAGGGCGCCAGUGGCGAAUUUGCCAAUCUUGGUGUUCUCUGGCAAAUGCCAAACGUCCUGCACGGUGUUUAAGCCCAACCCCACCUGUGUACGUCGGGCCCUCAUACCACCCUCAUGGAGUCUGUUUCUGACCGUUUGAGCAGACACAUGCACAUUUGUGGCCUGCUGGAUGUCAUUUUGCAGGGCUCUGGCAGUGCUCCUCCUGCUCCUCCUUGCACAAAGGCGGAGGUAGCGGUCCUGCUGCUGGGUUGUUGCCCUCCUACGGCCUCCUCCACGUCUCCUGAUGUAUUGGCCUGUCUCCUGGUAGCGCCUCCAUGCUCUGGACACUACGCUGAGAGACACAGCAAACCUUCUUGCCACAGCUCGCAUUGAUGUGCCAUCCUGGAUGAGCUGCACUACCUGAGCUCAACCUACUUGUGUGGGUUGUAGACUCCGUCUCAUGCUACCACUAGAGUGAAAGCACCGCCAGCAUUCAAAAGUGACCAAAACAUCAGCCAGGAAGCAUAGGAACUGAGAAGUGGUCUGUGGUCACCACCUGCAGAACCACUUCUUUAUUGGGGGUGUCUUGCUAAUUGCCUAUAAUUUCCACCUGUUGUCUAUUCUAUUUGCACAACAGCAUGUGAAAUUUAUUGUCAAUCAGUGUUGCUUCCUAAGUGGACAGUUUGAUUUCACAGAAGUGUGAUUGACUUGGAGUUACAUUGUGUUGUUUAAGUGUUCCCUUUAUUUUUUUGAGCAGUGUAUAUUGCCACCCUUGCACUUCUUUUAAUAAUUCCCAAUUUCUUAAAAAAUAAGUACAAAUAAAAACGUUGGUCACCACACCUUUUUGGAUUUUCAACAUUGCUUAUUUUUGUAAAUUUCAACAUUGCUUAUUUUUUUUAAUUGAAGUGGACAAUGGCAUGGACAAAAUUAUUGGUACCCCGGAGCUCGUACUUGGUUGCACAGCCUUUGGCCAAGAUAACUGCAGACAAACGCUUCUUGUAGCUAUCAAUGAGCUUGCUGCACCUUUCUACAGUUUUCAGCCGUAAACUGCUAUAAUUGUUCAAUAUUGGAGGGAUGCCCUCCACCAACUGCUGUUUUUAGAUCUCGCCAUAGGUUUUUGAUGUGAUUCAGAUCUGGACUCUUUGCUGGCCACUCCAGAACAUUCCAGCCUCUCUUCUUAACCAUUCCUGGUUGCUUGUGUGUGUGUUUGGGGUUGUUGUCCUGCUGGAAGACCCAUAACCUUCAACAGAGACCCAGUUUUUGGACACUGGGUUUAACAUUGGACUACAAAACACCUGAAUCUGCUGAUGUCAUGAUGCCUUGCACACUACCAGAGGUAGCAAGGCAACCCGCCAGCAUUAUCAAACCUCCACCAUACUUUGAUUGUAGGGAGGGUGUUCUUUUCAUUGAAUGUUUAAUUUGGUCGUCAGUGAACACAGCGCUGAUCUGUAUUGCCAAAGAGUUCAAAUGUUUUUUUUAUUGGUCCACAGAACGUUUAGGUGGGUUUUUGAGAAGUUAAAUCAGGCUUUCUUGUGUCUCCUUCAGCAGUGGGAUCUUCCUAUCUUUACCAACGACCAAACAAAGCGUUCAAAGAAAAUAACACCCUCCCUACAAUCAAUUAUGGGGGAGGUUUGACAAUGCUGUGGGGUUACUUUGCUGCCUUGAAUGUGUGCAAGACAUCAAGAAAUCAGCAGAUUAUCAAGGUGUUUAGGAACGCAAUAUUCAACCCAGUGUCUCUGUUGAAGGUCAUUGGUCUUCCAGUAGCCAAAAACACCCUGGAAUGGUUCAAGAAGAAACGCUGGACUGUUCUGGAGUGGCCAGUGAAACUGAAGUUUACAAAAAUGACAUUGAUUCUGCAAUGUUGAAAGUCCAAUAAGGUGUGGUGACCAAAAGUUAUUAAAAAAAUAUAUAAUAAUUUCAACUUAUUUUAGAAUAAAUAGGGAAUUAUUUAAGAAGAGCGCACUCCAACUUUACUUAUAGACUGUGUGGUUAUUACAGUAGGACCGUUAAGAGUUCAGUCCGAUUCCUCCUUUUGUUUUGCAGACCCUUGACACGACUGAGCAUCCUGAGGUAGUGGUUGUGAAGGAGGAGGAACUGGAAGUGGAGCUGAGAGACUGUGGCUCAAAGCAUAACCAUCAGCCCAGGACACUGAGUAGGUACAACACUUAACCAAUAUGAUGGGGCCAUAAUGGUCUGGUUGCAAAAAGUGGUCCUCUGUAGCUCAGCUGGUAGAGCACGGCGCUUGUAACGCCAAGGUAGUGGGUUCGAUCCCCGGGACCACCCAUACACAAAAAUGUACGCACGCAUGACUGUAAGUCGCUUUGGAUAAAAGCGUCUGCUAAAUGGCAUAUUAUUAUUAUUAUUACACAAUCGCAUGAAAGUCAUGUUUUAUCGUCUCUCUCAUUCUUGUCCUCAGUUAGUGUGUCUCAGUCUCACGUUGCUGUGAACGACCAAAUCCUGAAUGUAGAAACUUCACCUGUGGAGGUCGGUGAGGAGAAACGGGACGCCGACAACCAGAGGCUCCAACAGACCGCAAAUGGACACAGCACGGCACUCCAGCACACACACAGCUCGGACUGUGUGACAUAUCAGAGAGACCUUCAUACAGCAGCUGGCCUCUCUCGUAUAGAGGAUGGCAGAGACAUGCUUGAUCCGUCUUGUUCUUAUUCGGUGGAAACGGACUCUACUAAGUCACUUGAUGCCCAGCCGCCCCUGAAUCAGAGUGGGGUCGCGACCUUGUGUGACAGCAUGGCUUCCUCUGCCUCACUGGGCUGGAAGCAGGAGGCCGGAGGAGUUGACACUCUUAAAAUGGAGGCGGGAAUGCCCUCCUGGACCAAAGGGAGAGCUAUGGGAAUGGGCCAGGCUGCUCAGUGUGGAGUUGACAUACCUGGGAAGGACGGGGAGGGUGUUCAGCUGGGGAACGGCACAAACGUCUGUUCUCAGAAUAACAUUAACUUGAGGGAGAGCGAGUCAUUAGAAGGGCGCAAGUCCAGCGAACCGGACACAAAAGGAUUCGAUACCUCCCUAGACUAUUUUUUCUCUCCGUCGGAAAUGGACGGGAUACAGACUCACCACCAAGGUGACGGCGCCGGAGGCGAGGAGCUGGCCUCUUGUCCGUAUCCUGGCAACGACGGUUUCGUCAGCCCUACAAACUCGACACAAGGAGGCCUCCUCUUCUCAAACAGACUAUUAAACUGCCAGGAAUGUGGGCGGCUGUUCUCCAACUCGCUAGACCUCGCACUGCACCAAAGAAUUCACAUGGGGGAGAAACUCUUUAGCUGCGCCCAGUGUGACAAGCAGUUCCUGCACCUGCACCAGCUCAAGACCCACCAGAGAAUACACACCAGGGAGAAACCAUUUAGCUGCACCCAAUGCGGGAAGCGCUUCUCCCAAUCCAGCCACAUCAAGAGACACAUGAGCGUUCACACGGGAGAAAAGCGGUUCGGCUGCAGCGUAUGUGGGAAGAGGUUUUCGCAAUCCUGUAGCCUCAAAGUGCACCAGAUCGUCCACACAGGAGAGAGACCGUUCAGCUGCACUCAGUGCGGGAAGAGUUUCUCAGUGCUCGGGAACCUAAUGAGGCACCAGAGUGUUCACAGUAGAAAGCAGGAUUAAGUCUUGAAUAAUAAUGGACAAUGCAUUCUGUUUAUAUCGUGUUGGUAAAAUAUUAUGGAUAUAAUGAGUUUUUUGUACAUCAUGCAUGGUAAACAUUGUUGUUUUGUGAUAAUAGUGUGAAGUGAACUGAUGUCUCUUGGUGUGAUGUGAACAUAUUAAAACAUUCCCCCUGAAAAUGAAUGUGGAGUUAGCGUGCUUGUUCAGUGCAUUGAAUAAAAAAACUGCUCCAAGUCACUAAAUGAUGAGCCUAUUGCUGACAAACCUCUACUACAUCAUCGAAAGGCUUCUCUGCAAACGUGGGUUGUCAAUAAUUAUUCCCAUUCUGUUGGGUAAGGCUUAUGAUUAAUCAUUUUAAAUUCAAUGAAAAAUAUUGGCUUUGUGUGUAAACUCUCGUGCAGUUUUUAUUUUGUUUUUUUUGUUUGAAUAAUUCUGUCCUGUCUCCACUUUCAAACUCGGAAGGUGGCGGUAAUGUCCUAAAACAUUGAAUUCUACAGUCAAACAAGAAGAGAGCUACGUCAUCAACCGGCGACCCGAUAGCAUACUUCCAGACCCGAAGCAGGAUCGUUAUUCAACAAUAACAAGCUAGGGCUUUACAUAAGUAUUCUAACUAGUAUAAUCAGCAGACAUUUUAAAGAAACGUUAGGCAAUUUGGCUUAAGUAUUUCGGUUGUAGACUAAACGGUGCAUGAAGAGCAGAAAUGGCAACAAUGGCGGACUGUGUUGGUUAUCAAUUGCAGAUAGCUUCGAUAAUGGAGGUGCUAGCCAAUUCGGCGGUGGUCGAAAUCUGCAAAAUUGUUGAUGAUGGUUAUAACUCUCUGCGUUCCCAAAUGGAGCAGGAAAGAGUGCAAAUUGAGAGGGAGAGAGAGCAAACCGAGAAAGAGAAAUAUGUCCUCCGACGAAAAUUACGCGAAAUGGACGUGAAGAUGCGGAGCUAUGAGCGAAGACUCAGAAGACGCGACCUACGGAAUGAAAUGCAUGCAAUUAAUUUUAGACCACAUGAAGGUACCGACAGUUUAUUAUAUUUUAAAACAAAAAUGGUUAUAAACAGGGCUGGGUAGGUUACUUUCUAAAUGUAAUCCGUUACUAGUUACCUGUCAAAUUGUAAUCAGCAACGUAAUUUUGGGAUUGUAAUGUAAUCUGAUUACUUUCCCCUUAAAAUGCAUUAGAAUUUAAAAAGGAGUAUUACCAAUUGAACCACGUCUAUUGCAGGAUAAAUCAAUGUUAGUGUUCAUAGCUGGCCAUAAAUGGAUGUUGCAUUUUACAGUAUGGGUUGGUUAUGUAGGCUGCUUCUAACCAAUUGCUUUCUACUAGAUAAUAAUACAAUUAGGUUAUAUCUUUACAUUAAAAAACAAAGUCUGUCAGAAUAGGACUUGAAAUAUGGAAAUAUAGAUUAGCCAAAUUGUUUAACCUGAGCAUAACCCCAAAACGAAGGAUGUAUUAGCCUACUCUGUUGUUUAUCUUGUCAUGGAGGACUGAUUGGGCCCAUUGCUUCGAGUUGAAAAAGAAAUGCUGCUCUUAUGGAAUGGCACGAAAAGUGCUAUUUGCAUGUGAAAAAUGAAGCCAUCUGCUGCGUAGGCCUAUUGUUUAUGUUUUUGUUGCUGACACUUUGUUAUUUCCAUAAUUUGCAACUGUUUACAUCUAUUAAAAGUUAUACUGCACUGUAACUGCAGUUAUACUGCAAAAUUACUGCAGUAAAGAAAACUUAUUUUCAACACAGUAUUUACAACAUACUGCACUCUGACUGCAAUCUUUUUUUGUAAGGGCAUUUUCGGGGAAUCAGCACAAAUUAGAUUGAGCAAUAAAAGCCCCACUCGUGGUCUUCUUAAAUUAAACUUGUUUUUGACAGUAUGGAGCACAAUACCACAGAGAAGUUUAGAAGGGAGGAACUUUUAUUCCAUAGAACUGGAAUCAGCACUAUGCAGCUUUUGCAAGAGUUCAUAUUUCACUGGCUGUCCACUGGUUGCAAAAACAAUUAUUGAUAGGCAGCUUAAAUUUCAAUUAAACUAUUAUUGGGGUAAAAUACACAUACAGUGCCUUCAGAAAGUAUUCAUACCCCUUGACUUAUUCCACAUGUUGUUGUGUUACAGCCUGAAUUCAGAAAGGAUAUAUUUUUUUUUUCUCACCCAUCUACACACACCCCAUAAUGACAAAGUGAAAACAUGUUUUUAGAAAUGUUUGCACAUUAUUGAAAAUUAAAUACAGAUAUAUAAUGUACAUAAGUAUUCACACCUCUGAGUCAAUAUUUUGUAGAAGCACCUUUGGCAGUGAUUACAGCUGUGAGUCUUUCUGGGUAAUUCUCUAAGAGCUUCCCACACCUGCCACUUAUUAUUUUCUAAAUUCUUCAAGCGCUGUCAAAUCGGUUGUUGAUCAUUGCUAGACAACCAUUUUAAGGUCUUUCCAUAUAUUCUCAAGUAAAUUUAAGUCAAAACUGUAACUCGGCCACUCAGGAACAUUCACUGUCUUCUUUGUAAGCAAUUCCAGUAGGGCUGAACGAUUAAUUGCAUUCGCGAUAAUAUCGCGAUUUGACUGAACGCGAUUUUCUAAUCGCAACGUGCGCGAUUUGAGGUGGUCACGUGACGCGACUUUUCAUGCUGUCCAGCGCAAUGGCCUCUUGCUCGACGGAACAGUCAGAAACUGACACAGCUGAAACUUUAAUAUCGAAGAGGAACAGCACGUCGGUGGUGUGGAACUAUUUUGGUUUUAAAAAAGAAGAUGCUGAGCAGCGUCAGGUGUUGUGCAGAGCAUGCCGUGCUCCGAUUGCUACUUCACGGGGUAACACUACAAACCUGUUUCAGCACUUAAAAAAAUACCACAAAUCAAUGCAUGACAGUUGUAUGACCAAAAUGCCGAGCAUCAGUGCGCGAGACAAGCCAAAUACCUCAAGACAGGGAUCACUGACAGAAAUGUUCGAAAGUGUCACUCCGUAUGAACGUAAUUCAAAACGGCACGGAGAAAUCACUCGGACAAUAACCGAGUUCAUAGCCAAAGAUAUGAUGCCUCUCAGCACGGUGACCAAGCCUGGGUUCAUGGCAUUAAUACAUACGCUUGAUAAACGUUACAGUAUACCCUCCCGCACAUACUUCAGUCAGACUGCCAUACCGGAGCUGUACAAAAAGUGCAAAGAGAAAGUCGCCGCGGAACUUAAAACGGUGGAGUUUUUUGCUAGCACUACUGAUAUGUGGUCAAGCCGCACAGCUGAGCCGUACCAGAGUCUUACAGUCCAUUUUAUUGAUGAAGAUUUCAACCUCCGAGCUCGCUGCCUACAAACUACCUACUUCCCAGACGAUCACACAGGGGAAAAUAUUGCAGCCGGCCUGAGAGAAGGGCUUGUCAGCUGGGAUCUCCACGAGGAGAAUCACGUCUGCAUCACGACGGACAACGCGUCGAAUAUGGUGCUUGCUGCGCGGCUUAAUGAAUGGACGAGGCUCCAAUGUUUUGGCCACAGAUUACAUCUUGCCAUUGGUAAGUUAUCGUGUGUGUGUGUGUGUGUGUGUGUGUGUGUGUGUGUGUGUGUGUGUGUGUGUGUGUGUGUGUGUGUGUGUGUGUGUGUGUGUGUGUGUGCGCGAGUGCGAGAGAGAGAGAUGCGUCGAUUAGUAAAGCUGAAUAUACAAAUAUAUAUAAAUGAUAUUAUAUAAAUCGGAUGGGAUUAAAUAAAUUCAUACUUCCACUCCUUUUCUAAUAUGUAAAUUCAUUUUACUUGCUUAUAUCAUAUGUCUGUCUGUGGUGGAAUGCCCACCUGCAUUUUUUUUCUUUUCUUGUUUUUGUUUUUUACAUGUUUUUUUAGUGUUUAUGAGAGAGAGAGAGAGAGAAAGAGAGAGAGAAUUGACAUGCAAAUAAAGACCCUUUGAAUUGAGAGAGAGAGAGAGGAUGUGUUGUGGAUGUGUGUAUUUCAGAAUUACAGCUAAUUUGAGUGUGUAAUAGUGAGAGCCUUGUAUCAAAACUCAAAUUGUGUGUAAUACACUACUUUUUAUUUCUUUUAGAAAAUGCACUCAAAGAUGACAGAGUGUCAAGGGCAACAGCACUGUGCAGGAAGCUGGUGGGGCACUUUUCCCACAGUUGGAAGAAGAAAGCAGCCCUGACGGAGGCACAGAGAGAGCUCAAACUCCCUGAGCACAACCUCAUAACGGAGUGCCCAACAAGAUGGGGUUCUAAAGAAAUGAUGAUUGCCAGAGUGCUUGAACAGGCCAAAGCCAUUUCUCAGGUAUUGUCUGGAGAUCGAUAUGCACGCUCCCUUAUCCCAACCUGGCAGGAUAUUGACGUGUUGGAGUCGAUUCACAAGGCACUGCAUCCUCUACUGGAGUUUACUGAUGCUCUUUCUGGAGAGGAGUAUGUAAGCAUCUCCUACCUCAAGCCAGUUCUCCACCUUUUUGCCACAUCAGUCCUGGCUGAAGAUGCUGAGGACACUGACCUGACUAAAUCAAUAAAAACCAAAGUCCUAGCAUACCUCAAUAACAAAUAUGGAGACCCAAACAUCCAGGAGCUUUUGGAUGUUGCCUGUUUCCUGGACCCUAGGUUCAAAAUACAGUACAUCAGUACAGACAACAUCCCUGCUAUCAAGACUCGUCUGAAGACAGAGAUAGUAGACUUGGCACAACGUACAUAUCAUUGGGUAAAUAAUUAUGUAUUUCACAAAAACAAAAAUUUUCUGUAAAAUCUAACUGGAAAACUAAUGGCUGUUGUUUUCAUCUAAUAGGAGAAGAGGUCUCGUACUGAAACUGUUCAGAUGCCUCAAAGUGCACAGUCCUUGGGGGAAAAGACGAAGAGGUCUCUUGGCAGUUUUUUCAAGACCAGUUCAGCCUCUCCUUCUUUGCCUGUAAAUCUUGAAGAUGUCGCAGAGGCAGAGAUAAACAAUUACCUGAUGACUCCUACCAUUGAUGGAGAAGAUGAUCCAUUGGCUUGGUGGAGGGUGCACAAGAUCAGCUACCCACAGUUGUGCACCAUGGCACGCAAGUAUCUUUGUGUACCUGCUACAAGCGCUCCCUCAGAGCGUCUUUUUAGCACAGGAGGGAAUAUUGUGACUUGCACUCGCUCAGCCUUGAAGCCAGAAAAAGUCAAUAUUCUGGUUUUCUUAGCAAAAAACCUGUGAGCCACUGAGAACAGAACUGUUGGAUAAGUAUGGCUGGCAGUGCCAUACUCGUAGUGAACUUUAGUCUGUGUGGUGUGUUAUUGUUGUGUACUUGAGAUAAGUGAGGCUCAUCUAUUUUAUAUUAUAAUAUUCAAAUCGUUUAUAAAAAAUAGUUUGUCUAAAUUAAAAGUGCAUUUCUCAUUUUUUAUUUAUAACUUUAUUUACUUUGAUUUUACAAAAUAUUUUCAAAGCAAAUUCCUUGUUUCAGUUGUGUGAAAUGUUACUGACUUGGGAGCAGUAAGAUACAUACAAUUUAAAAUUAUUUUUUUCUUAAGACUGUACCUUUUGCACACAGUGUUUACAAAGUUCAUGCCUUUGUUUAAAUUAUUUAAAUGCACAGUGGCAAAGCCACAGAUGUUUCUGUAAUGAGCAGUUCAAUAAAAAUGUCAUUUAUUUCAAGUCAUACAUGUUUGAAUUUAAUUCUAACAAAUAGACCCAGCCUAUGGGAAAGAACAUUUCACACUAAAUGUAUAUACUAUUGUGUUGGUCAUAUUUAAAUCAUUCAUUAUGUUUUGUAGGGGAAAAAGGAUAAAUAAAUUAAAUCGCAUAUUAAAUCGCAAUCGCAAUAUUGGGGGCAAAAAAUCGCAAUUAGAUUAUUUUCCAAAAUCGUUCAGCCUUAAAUUCCAGUGUAGAUUUGGCCAUGUGUUUUAGGUUAUUGUCCUGCUGAAAGGGGAAUUAAUUUCCCAGUGUCUGGUGGAAAGCAGACUGAACCAUGUUUUCCUCUAGGAUUUUGCUUGUACUUAGCUUCAUUCCCUUUCUUUUUUUAUCCUAAAAAACUCCCCAAUCCUUACUGAUUACAAGCAUACCCAUAACAUGAUUCAGCCAUCACUAUGCUUGAAAAUAUGGAGAGUGGUACUCAGUAAUGUAUUGGAUUUGCCCCAAACAUAACACUUUGUAUUCAGGACAUUUACUUUAGUGCCUUGUUGCAAACAGGAUGCAUGUUUUGGAAUAUUUUUAUUCUGUACAGGCUUCCUCCUUUUCACUGACAAUUAGGCUAGUAGUUGUUGAUCCGUCCUCAGUUUUCUCUUAUCACAGCCAUUAAACUCUAACGGUUUUAAAUUCACCAUUGGCCUCUGAGCGGUUUCCUUCCUCUCUGGCAACUGAGUUAGGAAGGACACCUGCAUCUUUGUAGUGACUGGGUUUAUUCAUACAACAUCCAAAGUGUAAUUAAUAACAUCACUAUGCUCAAAGGGAAAUAGUCUUCAUUUUUUAUUAAUUUGUAAAAAUAAAAAUAAAAAUAAAUCCACUUUGACAUUAUGGGGUAUUGUGUGUAGGCCAGUGACAAAAAAAUCUUUUUUUUUAAUCCAUUUUAAAUUCAGGCUGUAGCACAACAAAAUGUGGAAAAAGUCAAGGGGUGUGAAUACUUUCUGAAUGCACUGUAUACAUUUCUGGAUAUGGGCCCAGAUCUUCAUACAAUGAUUUCAAUUAUCCUAAUAAUGACAAUGUUUUGUAGUUUCAGUGUCUUCUAUUGCCAUGCCAGUGAGUAAUGACCAGUCCCGAGGGCCCCUGGCUACAAUCGAGGACCAUUCACAAUACCACCACAUGCCUCAGGUGCGUUUUUACUGUCUCUUAAACAUUGAAUGUAAAUGACAUGGAAUAGGCUGAAAUGUCAUCUGUAUUAUUAUUUUACAGGAAGACAGAACUGCAUUGUCCCUAAUCAAGCAGGAAAGAGUGGACAGCUGCGGCGUGGACCUGAAGGUAGAACAAAACAUCCGCGCAGAGAGUAGACCCACUGGUAAGUUUCAGUGCAGAUACUGAUCACACUUAUUCACUCACUGUUGAAAUACCCAACACGUAGGCUACUACUACCCUUACCUUUAGCUGAAGACAAACUCUUAGGAUUUAGUUGAAAUCUGAAAAAUGUGCCGUGUUAAAAGGCAUUAGUUAUGUCUGAUCAUUGUGUUGAUCACUCCUUUUUCAUCCUUGAUGGUAGUUCCAGAACCCAACGACGAUGACAGCGAGAGACGUCACAUGGCUGACACUCACAGCUCGCCCACUGCAGCCACAGAGGACCCUACUGAGCCACCUAGGACCAGUAGAUCCGACGCCAUCCUCAAGUCAGAGAUGGGGACAGAGGGUGUGAACCAGAGACCCCAGCAGCCAACGGGACCAGAUCUUAGCACAGAGAUACUGAACAGCCCCGGUUUGGAUCUGGCUCUGAUGCAGGAGAGGGUCCUGGGGCAUCUGGGGCUUUCCUUAGCCCAGGCAGCAGCCGCAAACGCAGAGGCCGCCGGGCAUCCAUCUUGCUCCUACCAAACCCAGGCUGACGUGGAGAGCCAGUCCAGACAGUUCCCCGGCAGCGAUAUGGGCGUCUUCGCCCCCUUUGACAUGACAGCUCCUCCUCCUCCUGCACCGCCAGCGAAUCAGAGGCAGCCGCACGGAGCCGCGACGGCGAACGAGCCAAUGGGGUGUAACUUCUGUGGCCGCAUCUUCCACAGCCAGGCGUCCCUGGAGGUGCACCAGCGGGUCCACACGGGACAGCGGCCAUUCAGCUGCCCACACUGCGGCAAGUCGUUCGCGCAGCCCAACAACCUCCGGGUGCACCUGCUAAUUCACAGCGGCGAAAGGCGGUACCGGUGCUCGAUCUGCGGGAAGAGUUUCAUUUCGUCAAGUCACCUUAAGAGACACAGGACUGUGCACACCCAGGAGAAACCCUACAUCUGCUCUCGGUGCGGCCAGUCCUUCACUCAACUCUGCAGCGUCCGGAGACACAGACAGCAGUCACGGUGCGGAGAGCCGCCUCACGCUCAAAACGAACUCUCUGCUUGACUGUAGAAAAGGUGUUGUACAGUAUGUGUGUUAGUUGUAUCUGAAGUGAUUUACACUAGCUAUAGGUUUCCUGCUCAAAACAUUUAGCCUUUUAGUCUCUUGGAUGAUAGGUCCACAGAUAGAAGUUGAGAAAUAUAUGGUGUUAACUCUAAAUUAAUAUUUACCUAAAGAUGACAAUGUGACUUAUGUGACUGUUUAGUACAAUGCAUCCCAUCUUACCUUGGUCAUAAGGCAAGAUGGGGUUGUCGCUGGGAGAGGCUUGUUUUUAGAGUAGAGUAGUACUUUAUUAAUCCCAACUUGGGAAAUGGGUUUCAUCACUCAGCAGCAUCAUCAUCAUCUAAUCAUUGUACCACUAGAAGAAGUCCAGGAGGACCAAGCAGGACAUUACAAAGACCAGUAGAUUGGACUGAGCCCUCAUCUGACAUGGCUGACUUCACUGUGUGACUGAAUCACAGGGAUGAACCAUGCAACUAAUAAAAGGUUGCUGACGGGGUCAUUUUGGAGACCAAUAGGUGUUUAUACACUUCCCGCGUUCAACCAGUUAGCAAGUCGGAAAUGUGAGUUUUCAGAUUCCGACUAGCACAUGAACGCGGCAAUAGUGAGGUAUCACACAGGUGAGAAGCAGUUGGCUGCGUUUACACAGGCAGCCCAAUUCUGAAAUGUAUUUCUCCUAAUUGAUCUUUUGAACAAUCACAUGAAAUCUUUUCACGUCAGAUUUUUUUUCAAAGCAGAUCUGAUUUGUCAAAAGACCAAUUAGUGGGGGGAAAAAUAUCUGAAUUGGGCUGCCUGUGUAAACACAGCCGUUGAGAUGCACAGUGUGGACAGUUUACACAAUCAGGUAUCGCAAGAUAAGGGUUAAUACAUGACAGGAAGUGCAGGUUUAUGCUGUCAAAUCAAAUAAAUGUCAAUUAAAUUCCUGGGAAAUGGCCCCCUGGAUUGUUUUUUUUCUGCAGUAUUUUUAUUAAUUGCUUACACCACUCCAAUCACUUAUAGAUCUGCUUCCUUGGAAGUAAUCACAGCUCUCCAAUUGGUUGGAUUGCUUAUACAUAUCCAAUCAAAUCACUGUAUGUGCUUACCUCAAGGAAACAAUGAAGGAAGGAUUCAUUAUGUAACCAAAUCCCUAUCGCGGAAAUUCAUCAUUACAGCAUGAUUGAAAUUUAAAGGCAAUGUUCCCGCGUUAAUGGAGACUGCAUUCACUGUAAACGUUGCAGAUGUCGGCGCAAUAUGAAAAAACAUUUACAUUUCUGCUUCGGCAACACAGAUUGAAUAGAGCCCCUAGACCAGGGGUCUCCAACACGUAUAUCGCGAGCUACCAGUAGCUCGUAGCCCGUCAAGCAAUUCUGAAAGUACAUCAAUUUUCUGCAUGUGUUCCAUCGCAAACUGUCAUAAACAUAAAGCUCCCAGCUACUGUCCAAUCAAAGGCACAUUCACAUUAUCCCACCCCUGGUUUGCCACUAUUGGCUAAAAAAUACAAAACGUAACACAAUAUCUGCCAAUUAAUUUCCAGAAAUAAUUUUUUCAACACCUCAAAAUUGGUCUUCUGAUGUGAUUUGAGGAUUGUUCGUUGUUUCUCUAUGAAUAAUUCUAAUAUUGAGUAAAAACCAAACAAAAAAAUACUUGGUAUAUUGACAGAAAACGUAUAUCUUGUACACCAAGGACCUGGGGAAGAGUUGCAGGGUAGAGGAGAACAAAAUAAUGUGCUAAGUAUCUAUUAAGUAUCUAUCAUGCUAGAAAAGGUUGGAGGCCCCUGCCCUAGACUGCGGAUUAUACCAUGUGUUUACGGUAAAUUAAAAUGUAUGUAACCACGUCAUUAUUCAGCGACACCG